CCAUUAUCGAAGCUCGUUCAAUUCGAGAGGAAGGAGGAGGAAGGUGAAAUGCCGCGUAAACCUAGACGAAGUGUGCCGGAGAUUCUAUGGAGGUUAUUCGGAGAUAGAGCCAGGAAUUUAAAGGGCGCAAUAGUAGAUCUGAUUCCGAACCGGAAUAUCCAGCCGGAGCAAUGCCGAUGCCGGGGACAAGGUUGUCUCGGUUGCAGCAGCGAUAAACCGGCGUUUCUGUUGCGUUCCGAUGAUCCCAUUCACUACCGUAAACUUCUUCACCGAUGCUUCGUUGUACUUCAAGAACAAACUCCUCCGCUUCUGGAUUUCUCGCCAACAUCUUGGUGGUCACAGAGAGAGAUUGUGGAAAGGAUUAUUGAGAUGAUGCAAUCUGGAUGUGAUUGUCAUAAUGUGAUAUGUGCAAGAUUUGAUAAGUAUGAUCAGUCGAGCCCUAUUUUGGAGUUAUUGACAAGUUCAUCUUGGGAUUUUCUUCUCCACCGGGUCGGUCAUGAUGUCAUGGUUUAUCUUCUACAGCAAACAUCAAUAUUCUUACCAUUACUAGGAAAAAAACACCAGCAAGUGUCUGGACCUCCUCUAUGUAUCAAGCAAAAGGAGAUAUUGUCAGUCCAUGAAAACAAAAGAAAGAGGGAUGACAACGUUCAGCCAUCAAAGAAAAGGCAGCGGCUUUCUUCUGCUGUUAAUGACUGUCGUAAGGACAACUCUGCAGCUGUUACGUCCAUAGUUGGCGAGGAUAUAGGCCAGCAUACAGAAAAAAAACCUAGUAAGCGUUCAAGAUUGUAUCUUAAACGUCGGCGAAAGCAGAGGAAGGUCAAUUUCCAAAAGGUUGACUGUGAUGCCCCUUGUAUAACUCGUACAAAUGGUAAAGCCUCAACUGGUAAUGAAGCUGACGAAAGGAAUCUGCACAUUGGUAUAAUUGGAAGUCUCACUGAUUUUGUAAAGCAGGCUGAGCAGGUUAAAAGAAACAAGAAUUUCAAGUUUGGCAGCUCGGAAACGUAUUCAGUUAUACCACCAAACCUAAAUGCUUGGUCAACGACGCCAUCUCAUGGCAAAGGCAACUGUCCCGAUGGAUCUAUUUGCUUAUACCAUUCAUUGCUCAAGUCUCUUAAAAGUCUAAUAGGAAAAACAAAGUCCUCACAUUUGAAAAUGCUACUAGACAAACACUGUCCUGUUCUCUUGCUGCAAGAGGAUGCGUUGAAGUCCGGAAAUGUGACUUCUCAGAGUUCAGAUAAGCUGCCUCAUGGAUCAAGUUCACACAAGGGAAUACUCAAAUGUCCCAGUGUUGAAGAAAUGAAGCUGUAUUGUACGAAAGAUCAAGUAGUGUCCUUUAUUUGGGCCAUCUGUAGGUACAUUGUUCCAGAAAGUUUGCUUGGGACCACUCAUCAGAUGAGGGUGCUUAGGAAAAACAUAGCCUGGUUUGUUUCAAGGCGACGAAAUGAGAAAUGCACAGUGAAUCAGUUUUUGCAUAAAUUGAAACCAUCAGGAUUCCCAUUCUUUGCCAGAAAACAGUUAUGCUGUAUGGCCAACGGACAUGAACUCCAAAAUGAGUCCAUCAGAAGUACACAGCAGAUGUUGUGCACAAAAUGGAUUUCUUGGCUUUUCUUAGAGAUUGUCAAGAAAUUGGUGCACUUCAACUUCUAUGCCACUGAAAGCCAAGGAGGGCGGCUAAAUAUUUAUUAUUACCGGAGAAGCAGCUGGGAAAGGUUAGUAAGCAAAGAAAUUAGCAAAACCCUUGAUGGAUAUGUCCAAGUGGACAAUGCUGAAGCUGAAAGUAAAAAGUUAUCGAAGUUUAGAAUUUUACCAAAGGCCAAUGGAGUGAGGUUGGUGUUAGAUUUUAGUUCUUCGUCAAGGUCGCAAUCUCUUCGUGAUAUACAUGCUGUUUUGAAGGACAUCCAGCUCAAAGAACCAGAUGUUCUUGGAUCUUCUGUUUUUGACCAUGAUGAUUUCUACAGAAACCUAUGCCCAUAUCUGAUCCAUUUAAGAAGUCAAUCUGGAGAACUUCCUCCUUUGUUCUUUGUGGUUGCGGAUGUAUUCAAAGCAUUUGAUUCAAUUGACCAGAGUAAGCUGCUUCAUGUCAUUCAAAGUUUCCUGAAAGAUGAAUACAUCUUAAACAGAUGUAGGUUGGUCUGCUGUGGGAAGAGAUCUAAUUGGGUAAACAAUAUACUAGUCUCGAGUGAUAAAAAUGCUAGCUUUUCAAGAUACACAUCAACUGUUCCAUAUAAUGCACUGCAAAGUAUCAUGGUUGAUCAGGGAAAAAACCAUCUAGUGAGGAAAAAGGAUCUCAUGCUUUGGAUAGGAAAUAUGCUAAAGAACAACAUGCUGCAGUUGGAUAAAAGCUUCUAUGUACAAAUAGCUGGAAUACCUCAGGGACACAGAUUAUCAUCCUUGUUAUGUUGUUUUUACUAUGGGCAUCUUGAGAGAACUUUGAUCUACCCGUUCCUCGAAGAAGCCUCUAAAGAUGUGUCUGCUAAAGAAUGCAAUAGAGAGAAAGAGCUUAUCGCUCCCACGAGCUAUAAGUUACUGAGAUUUAUUGAUGACUACCUGUUUGUGUCUACCUCGAGAGAUCAGGCGACUAGCUUCUAUCACAGGUUGAAGCAUGGAUUUAAAGAUUACAACUGCUUCAUGAACGAAAAAAAGUUCUGCAUAAAUUUUGAAGAUGAAGAAGAAUCUAGGUGUGCUUCUAACAGAAUGUUUGUGGGUGAUAAUGGAGUUCCUUUUGUCAGAUGGACGGGUUUGCUUAUUAAUUCCCGCACAUUUGAAGUUCAAGUUGACUACACAAGGUACUUGAGUGGCCAUAUAAGUUCAACCUUUUCUGUAGCUUGGCAGAACAAACCAGUUAGAAGUCUUCGGCAAAAAUUGUGUUACUUCUUGGUUCCGAAAUGUCAUCCAAUUCUAUUUGACUCGAACAUCAACUCGGGAGAAAUUGUCAGGUUAAACAUCUAUCAGAUCUUUCUGUUAGCUGCAAUGAAGUUUCACUGUUAUGUCUACGAGGUGUCCCGGUUUUGGAAGAUUCAUCCUCAAACGUUAUUCAAAUUCAUCACAAUAUCUAUGAGGUACAUGUUCAGACUCAUCAAUCGAAGGGUGCGCAGAAUCAACACUGGUUCUAGUUUCAGACCAGUUCUUAAACUAUGCAAAGAAGAAGCGAUAUGGCUUGGCUUACACGCCUAUAUUCAAGUUCUGAAGAAGAAAAACUCGCGAUAUCGAACCCUCUUGAUCUAUUUAAAAUCUGCACUUUCUAAACAGUAUCUUUCUCGGCAUCUAUCGCCCGCAUUGGAGUAUGCUACAGACCGGUCAAACUCUUCUUCGCUGUGGAAGUUGAAUUAUUGAAGCUGAUCUUAGCUAGAUUUUAUUAUCGAAAUUAGGAAAAAGGAUCUCAUUUUGGUAACCUAGGAUCAAACUGAAUUUGUAACAUUUAAAGAAAGAUUUCAAUGUCAA